GCUAGACUCUAGAGUCUAGACAUGUGGUGGUUGCUCUUCUCGGCGAGCAUGGAAUCCACCCACAAUGGCCGCUGUUCUCCAUGACGUAGUAAGUCUCGCAGAGAUCGCUCGUGCCGGAGGUUUAAAAAAUAUACAUUUUUUGUGAUUGUCAGUGCUCGUGGAGCGUUGCCCGGAUCUGGCCGAUUUCUGGCUGGGAAUUAUAUCGUUGUGCGUUAAAAAAUAUAUAUUUUUUAGUGCGUUAAAAGUUGCUAUACUUUUCUAGUGCUCUGUUUAAAGUUGUAGUAAUGCACGGUCUACAGUUCCUGGUUCUUCUGGCACUAGCAAUAUCCAGUGGCGCCAAUGAAGACACCUUAGUGGUCAAAAUCGGAGCCAUUUUCUUCGACACGGAAAUGAAGUUGGCCGAUGCCUUUAGUGCGGCACUCGAGGAAGUGAAUGCAGUAAAUCCCGCUCUCAAACUGGAGGCAAUCAAGCGCUAUGUGACCGUCGACGACAGCAUUGUCCUGCAGGAUAUUUCUUGCGACUUGGUUGGAAGUGGGGUGGCCGCUAUUUUCGGACCAAGUUCAAAGACAAACAGCGAUAUCGUCGAGGUACUGUGCAAUAUGACGGGUAUACCGCAUCUGCAGUUCGAUUGGCAUCCCCAGCAGUCGAGCAGGGAGCGCAUGAACCACCAACUCACGGUGAAUGUGGCUCCAAUGGAGCUCUUCCUGUCCGCCGCCUUCUCAGACAUCUUGGCCAGCAAGACCUUCGACUGGAAGUCCUUUACCAUAGCCUACGAGAGGAGUUCCCACCUUAUUCGCCUGCAGCACAUCCUAGCAUGGAAGCAGCUCCACAAAGCCGGGAUCAAGAUGCAGGAAUUCGAACGAGGAGAUGAUUACAGGAUUCUGUGGAAGCGCAUCAACAACGCUCGUGAAAAGUUCGUCCUUCUGGACUGUCCGUCCGACAUUUUGGUGGACGUAAUUAAUGCCUCGAUUGGAUAUAAUAUGACUGGUUCAUUUAAUCAUUUAUUUCUAACCAACUUGGAUACACAUCUGAGUGGCAUUGAUGGAUUCUACUCACGGGAUUUCACCGUCGCCGUGGCAGCUGUCAGGAUACGAACCUAUGUGCCUCCGCCGGUUCACGAUGAAAUAGAUGUGUUCGACAACAGUGUGGAUACCAGGUUUUCCUCACUUGGAUCCCAGCUCGUGUAUGACUCCAUCGUGCUGUUCUACAAUGCUCUCUUGGAAAUAAGUCAGCUUCCAGGAUUCUACAUACCUAACUUUAGCUGCGGACGUGGCUUCUGGCAGCCAGGACCGCGUCUGGUGGAGCAAAUGAAGCAGAUAACCCCAAAGAUGGUGAAACCUCCCUUUAAAACACAAAGACUGCAGAUUAAUGCUGAUGGCCAGCGAGAAGAUUUUAAUCUUGAAGUUUACAACCCCAUCAUUGAUCGCGUAACUCACAUUUGGAACAAGGAGUUUCAACUAGUGGACUUUGAAAAACUGCGCGAGAACUCAACACAAGCCCUUAAGCAGAAGAGACUUCAGAACAAAGAGGAUUUCUCCCAGAAACCCAUCAGAUACACAGUGGCCACUCGAGUGGGCAAACCGUACUUCAGCUGGCGCGAGGAGCCCGAAGGAGUCCACUACGAGGGCAAUGAACGUUUCGAGGGCUAUGCCGUGGAUUUGAUUUACAUGUUGGCCCAAGAGUGCAAGUUCGAUUUCAACUUUGAGCCAGUUAGGGAUAACAAAUAUGGCAGUUACGAUGCGAACACAGAUGAAUGGGAUGGUAUAAUCAGGCAGUUGAUUGAUAAUAAUGCUCAAAUUGGAAUCUGUGACUUGACCAUAACCCAAGCGCGUCGUUCGGUGGUGGACUUCACUGUACCCUUCAUGCAGCUGGGCAUAAGUAUUCUCUCGUACAAGGAGCCUCCACCGAAGGCGGAUAUAUAUGCCUUCCUAAAUCCGUACAAUGCCGAGGUAUGGCUAUUCGUCAUGAUUGCGAUGAUGAUCACGGCCUUUGCCCUGAUCUUCACCGGUCGCAUUGAUCAAUAUGAGUGGGAUCAGCCGGUGGAGAAUGUGAAUCGCGAAAUGGAGCGGCAGAACAUCUGGCACUUGAGCAACGCAUUGUGGCUAGUGUUGGGCUCAAUACUUAAUCAAGGUUGCGAUCUAUUGCCCAGGGGCCUUCCCAUGCGUUUGCUGACCGCCUUCUGGUGGAUCUUUGCCCUGCUAAUCUCGCAGACAUACAUAGCCAAGUUGGCCGCCUUUAUAACCUCGUCGAAGAUUGCUGGCGAUAUUGGAUCCCUGCACGAUUUGGUGGACCAAAACAAGGUGCAAUUUGGCACCAUUCGUGGCGGCGCCACUUCGGUGUACUUCUCCGAAUCGAACGACACCGACAACCGGAUGGCGUGGAACAAGAUGUUGUCCUUCAAGCCGGAUGCCUUCACCAAGAACAACGAGGAGGGCGUGGAUCGGGUGAAGCUGAGCAAGGGUACCUACGCCUUCCUAAUGGAGACCACCAAUCUGCAGUAUUACGUGCAGCGCAACUGCGAGCUAACCCAGAUCGGUGAAAGUUUUGGCGAGAAGCACUAUGGCAUUGCAGUGCCGCUGAACGCCGACUUUCGUUCCAAUCUCAGCGUGGGAAUCCUCAGGCUUAGCGAGAGGGGCGAGCUCUUCAAGCUGCGGAACAAGUGGUUCAACAGCAAUGAGAGCACCUGCGACUCGAAUGUCCCGACCAUCGAUGAUGGCCAGUUCGACAUGGAUUCGGUGGGUGGACUGUUCGUGGUGCUGAUCGUCGGCGUGGUCGUUGCAGUCGUGAUCGGUGUCGCCGAGUUUUUGUGGCACGUGCAGCGCAUUUCGGUGAAGGAGAAGAUUCCACCCAUGCUGGCACUGAAGGCGGAGUUUUACUUUGUGAUUCGAUUCUGGUUGACCAGGAAACCGCUGCACACCUAUCGCCAAAGUCGAGAUUCAACUUCGACGGGUUACUCAUCGCUGGAGCAGAUUACAAGUGCUUCCAGUGCGAAAAAGAAAAAAAAGUCCAGGAGAAUCGAAAAGUAGGGGAGUGAAAAGGCUUGCAAACAUUCAGUGAAAUAUAAUUAAGAUUAGGAUAAGGAUAUUUUACAAUCGAUCCUUUGGAAGCUCUACAUACGACACUUGUUAAUUUCAUAGAAUUAAGGGAUAGUAAGGUAAUAAAACAAAUAAUAAAUAAACAUUGAACUACAAAGAUGGCAUUUUCUAACAAUAGUAACUAAACUAAAUGGAUUAACUUAGUUUGGCAAUCAAAAGUUUCAGUUGUACAAAUUAAAGGGCCAAAAACAACGCUUUAAAACUUCAUUUUAUUUGCAAUGUUAAUUUAAUUAAAUUUAAAAAUAGGCAACAGUAAGUGAUAACACUUACCAUAUGCGCAUGUACACAUUUACAUAUUUUUUUAUCUAAAACAAUUUGUUUAACUUGAUUUGCGAGAAACAUGACAAGAACACAAAUCGCCUUGUAUAUGUAUGCAAAAUGCAUGCUGGUCCAUAAAUACCAAUUAAUAUUUAA